UCCUGCUUGCAGCAAUUAACCUGAUGCCCAUUCCAUGUCGCUGUAGAAAUGUCAGUGCACCCUGUCUAAGCAGUAAAAACAACCCAGUUAAACCUUAUUGAAUUAGCUUGAUCUAGUAUCAGGAAAAGAUCAACAUCUGGUGGUUCAGAAUAUUAAGAAAACAUUAAAAGUGCAGGCUGAUUUUUCAACAGCCUCAUCUGAUACAAAGGUCCUGCAAGAUAUGAAGAUAUAUCUUUUAAUUUAUACCAUGUUCAAAAUGACUUUCAACUUGCAAUAAAAAUGCUAGACGUCUUUGGAUUUUACAACGUCUGCGAGUGAUUUUCAAGAUUUGGGACAGUUCUCAGAAGUCAAGCAUACACGCUUGCGCGGUGGUUAUUAGCUGUUUAGUCUAUAUCAUUGUUUGCGCGUUCUUUUUCACUCCUUGGUCAUUACUUAAUAUAAAUACACACAGGAGGCUUGUAAACUUCAAACUAAAACCACUUCCGUCUUAUUGUCCGGAAAUCCAGUGAACUAUUCAACACUCCUCAACAUGGCCGUCAGUUUUAGUAUUGGAAUUUCAAUUGUGAUAUUUUUGUGUAAUCUACUACAAGCCAGUGAUGCAUGGGGACUUUUGACAUUGUUCAAAUCUGCUAGGCCAAAUGAAAUUUGUUAUAAGAAAUAUGGCUGUUUUAGCACAGAUGAACCGUUUACUAACACGAAGGGAAUUUUACCCCAAACCCCACAGUCACUGGGAGUACGAUUUCUGUUAUACACCCGAAAAAAUCCGAGGAAGUCCAAAAGACUGAAGCGAUGCGGGAAGAAAGAAGAGUACUUGGAAAUUCCAAAGCCUACCAAAGUCAUAAUCCACGGUUACGUCGAUAGGGGGCGCAAAGACUGGGUAAAGAGAAUGACAAGGGAAAUGAUUAAGAAUGCAGACGUUAAUGUGGUGGUGGUUGACUGGAAGAGGGGAGCGAUGACACUAAACUACCUCCAAGCUGCAGCUAAUACCCGUCUGGUCGGUGUUAUAGCCGCUAAGAUGGUGGAAAAACUCAAUUACACAUACAAUAUACAGCCUUCAAUGAUCCAUAUCAUAGGGCAUAGCUUGGGAGCGCAUAUCGCUGGCUACAUAGGAGAAAGGGUCCCGGGGAUUGCUCGGAUAACGGGGUUGGAUCCUGCGGGUCCUGCGUUCGAAGGAACAAAUUCUACAGUCCGUCUAGAUUCAUCUGAUGCAGAAUUUGUUGAUGUCAUACACACGGAUUCGGAUUCACUUGUCAAUACAGAUUUACAGCCAGGAUUUGGCACCAAGCAGCCAAUGGGUGACAUUGAUUUCUAUCCGAACAGUGGGAGUAAUCAACCCGGGUGUGCCAAUUCCAUAAAAGACCACUUCAAAUUGUUCUUUACCAGAAAUACAGAUUUGGUGCACCUGGUUGUAUGCAAUCAUCUACGCGUCCUACGACUGUUUACGGAAUCUAUCAAUAACCCUUGUCGUUUCUGGUCGUACCCGUGCAGUGUGGAACUUUUGGGACAUUCAGGAUGUGACGUGUGCGGAACUCGUGGUUGCGCCAUAAUGGGGUACCAUGCAAAUAAAAGCAAAAAUAAAACAGGAAUAUACAACCUUGCAACAAAUGAUAAGUCACCCUUCUGCAUACAGUAAAAUUUUUGUUUUCCAGGUCGAAUACCCCGAGAUCGAAGGUAUAUUCUUUAAGUCUAGUGCAACUUAACCGUCGGUCAUUUUAAUGCGCCAAACAUAGCUGCAGCACUCUUUUGUCACCAGUUGGAUUUCUACUUUUGUUUCGCCUUCCCGGAUAAGCGCCACCUAUGAGCCGACUCUCCCGAUGAGUCAUCAGAUAGCCUGCUGUCCCAGGAAUUCAGUCUUGCAGUCAUUAACCAUAUACCUGUCCAAUAUUUACAUGUAUGUAGAACUGAUCAGACCCAACCUUACAGAAAACGGACUUAAAGAAAUUCCUGUAUUAUCUGUUUCGCCAUAUUUUAAAAGUUUGUGACGAGUAAUAAUGCCAAAGUAAAACCAUAUUUCAUGUAAAUGCAUAGUGAUAUUCAGUAUUUUUUAUUUGAAACUAUAUUAAAUGAAGACGAGGAUUACAGCUGUUUAUAAUUGUGAAUUUACAAGUCAAUCAUAAACGUCAAGAUAUAGCGUUUCAAAAAGACAUCUUGUUUGGUGAUGUAAAUGAAGUAAUGUCUAUUUUAGUGUGAAUUUGACAAUGAAACUAUGUCAUGACAUGUAAUAAUAACUAUGGAAUAAACCUGCAGUAAAACUGAUGCAAAGCGGU